AUGGCAUUCCCAUUCCCAUUCGAAUGCGAACCCUUCUACAUGCGCCCUAUCCUAAUAAUCAAGUCUAUUACCGGGGUAUUCUUCACAAUAUUGAUCAACUUCAUCAUCCCAAUAGCCGCAGCAUUGGCCAUAAUAUUCCUCAUCGGCUUGGUUCUUUUCGCUAUAGUUGCCGAGGUGUUUGGAUGGAGUCCAGAUUCCAAGGAGAUGAAAGCGAAGAGGGCGGAAGAGAAGAAGGAACGAGAACAGAAAGAUCGUGAACAGGAACAGAAAGAGCGUGAUAAUAAGGAGAAUCAGAGAAAGCCGGAUGAUGCAGGACCAUUUACUGCUCCUCUUCCUGCAACUGCGAGCUGUCCCGGUGGUACUACCUAUGAUCUGCAGAAGCGUCUUGAGAUUGAGCUUGAACUACUUGGGGAGAUGGUUGUUGCUCGGAGGGAGAGGUUGGCGGCUUUGAGGAUGACGCAUUCCGGGGAUGAGGCGGAGUAUUUGGAGCUUUUGGAGAAGCUUGGAUAG